UUAGUGUGCAUUUAGCUAUAGAAUGAAUAUCUGAAGUUUCAAGGCAAGAGCCAUAUGAAAGGUGAUAUGAAAGUCGUGAAAGUAAUUUAAGGGGGGGAGGUAGGAAGUGCAGGAUUAAGGUCUGAUUUGGGGGAGGGGUGCAUAGGAGAGGACAUGGGGCAAGUGGACAGGAAUGGACAGGAGGCAGUCCUAGGAUCUGGGCACCAGAGUGGCACAGCGGCAUGUGAACCGGCAGGAUGGGCGGUGAUGGUUAACGUGGUGGGGUGCUGCAGGGAGCUGAAAGAGCAGUUGUGUCCAUAUUAGUGAUUCAAGCAGCAGAAGGGAGUGUGGAGCCUCCUAUGGGCCAGGUGCUGGAGAUGCAGAGGAUUAGAUACCUACCCUGCACUGCAACAGCAGGAAAUCUGAAGGAGGCAGAAGACAUGGAAAUAAAUACAUGCAGCAGCUUUAAAAAGUCAGCAGUAAGAUGGAAUUUAUUAGAGUUAAUUGGUCCCUGUGCUCUAAAAACUUGACUGAUUUACCGUCAUAAAUGUGGGCAGCUUCAUCGAGCUCCUUUUCUUUCUUUUCUAGGACAAUGGCCAAGAACAAACGAAAAGGGCAGAAGCCCAGGAACGUAUUCCACAUUGCCAGCCAAAAAAACUUCAAGAGCAAAAGUAAAGCAAAACCAGUUACCACAAAUCUUAAGAAGAUCAACAUUGUGAAUGAUGAGAAGGUUAAGAGGAUGAAUGACGCUUUUGUGGACAUACAGAAGGAGCUUGCACACUUCUCCAGAGGCCUCUGCCUGGAACCUCUGCCGAAACAGCGGGUUCCUCAGCAGUGUCAGGAAAACAGACCAGCGAGUGUGGACGAAGCUACGAGGUUAAUGGCUCAGUUGUAAUGCACCUGGUAAUGCAUCAGAUUCCCCCCAAAACCAAUAAAUUAAACGUUUAAUACAA